AGAGUAUCAAAUUCCUAUCGCCCCCGACCUUUAAAAACCAGCCAACCCCCACUCUCCUCUCUUCUCUCGAACACACACUCAGCCAACAGUUGCCCAAAAUUCCAUUCUCCGAUAAAUAUAACUUAUGUCGACAUCAAGUAAUAUGCUGUCCGUUAAAGUCGUGUUUAUAUCCACGAGCGUUUUAUCAGCUGCAAUCAUGCUAAGCACCACCGAUAUCGCCGUUUACGCACCCUGGAUCUACAAUGGCGUCGUUUCGUGGCUACGACCUCCGUAUCUGUACCUCGUUAUCAACUGCAUCAUCAUCACCAUCGUCGCUUCCUCCAAACUCCAGUUGGCGACCGACGACGUGCCAAUUGCGCCGCCGUUGGACGCCGUGCAGCAGCCUGCUGAAAUCUCUCAACCGGAUUUUCUGAGUCUGGCGGCAGAGUAUAAGUACGAUGGCGCCGAGAAAGGAUUGGAGUCUGACGCGCUCGAUUCAGGAGGCAGCAACGAGAGUGAAAAUUCGAUUUCCAGCGGCGCUGAUGCCGCGGACGAUGAUGCGAUGUGCAAUAAGGAGAACGAGUGCGUCGUGGUGGCUACUGCCGCCGAGAAUAAUGAUGCGACGGAUUUCGUUAAGCCGCCGGCUUCUGCUAGGUUCAGUCAUCGGAGAAAUUUCAAAUCCAGCCCCGAAGGUGGCAGAAGAGUGCUGGGAGUGUCGAAAUGGAAGAAGCAAGACACACUGGAGAACACAUGGAAGACAAUAAGAGAGGGGCGGUUGAAGAAAUCGGAGACGUGGGAGCGCCACAAUCCCCCGCCGGCAUUCAAGACGAUGACCAAAGCAGAAACCUUCAAGGAGCGCUCAGAGCCAUCGCUGAGCCAGGACGAGCUCAACAGGCGGGUCGAGGCCUUCAUCACCAAGUUCAAUGAGGAUAUGAGGCUGCAGCGCCAGGACUCCCUUAACCACUAUACGGAAAUCAUCAAACGAUAGUAUCCUUCUAUCGGAAUGCAAGAUGCUUUCUUUUUUAUUGUUUUGUUUCUUACCUAACAGAGUGGAAAAUGGGGUUGUAGUUUGAAGUUUUUUUUGUUUGUUUUCUCUUGUUGUAAUAGUUAUAAUUAUCGUGUGAUGAUUGUUUUUUACAAAAGCUAUUUUUUUAAGAAAAA